CUUUCUCUCUCUUUCAAUUCUCUAAUAAAUUAAGAUCGAUCCAAUAAUACCCAAUUCAACUUGAGCUUGGUGUCCAUUAUUAAUGGCGAAAAUCUCAGAAAAAACCCAUGCUAAGAUCGAUAAGGAUGAGAAAAAGAAGAAGAUCAUUCAAAAGAGGACUCGGAAAACAGUUCCAAGGGAUUCUCCUAUCCAACGCAGUUCCAUCUUUAGAGGUGUUACCAGACAUAGAUGGACCGGAAGAUAUGAAGCACAUUUAUGGGAUAAGAAUUGUUGGAAUCAAUCUCAGAACAAGAAAGGAAGACAAGUAUAUUUAGGGGCAUAUGAUGAUGAAGAAGCAGCUGCACAUGCUUAUGACUUGGCUGCAUUGAAGUACUGGGGACAACAAGACACCAUCCUCAAUUUUCCUGUUUCAACUUAUGAGAGGGAACUAAAAGAAAUGGAGGAUCAAUCUAAAGAAGAAUAUAUUGGAUCCUUGAGGAGAAAAAGUAGUGGCUUCUCAAGAGGUGUAUCUAAAUAUAGGGGGGUGGCAAGGCACCAUCACAAUGGAAGGUGGGAAGCAAGAAUUGGAAGGGUGUUUGGUAACAAAUAUCUAUAUCUCGGAACAUUCGCCACUCAAGAAGAGGCAGCAAUUGCAUACGAUAUGGCGGCUAUAGAAUAUCGCGGGGUCAAUGCUGUCACAAACUUUGAUCUCAAUCGUUACAUCAAGUGGCUAAGACCCGAUCAGAACCAAAACGACACAAACAUUGAUCAUGAAAUAAUAAAUCAUACCCCUAAUGAUAGUGAAGUUGUAAACCCUAGACAAGAGUUGGACUUUAGUUUCAUUCACCAACGUCGCCUCCAAUUACAACAACCAACCGCAAUUAGCUCUAGUAUAAAUGAAGAGCCGGUUACAACUCCACCUCACGAUGGCACAACAUCAUCAGCUUUAGGCCUUCUUCUGCAAUCCUCGAAGUUCAAGGAAAUGCUCGAGAGGACUUCAUUCACUGACGACUUUCCUACAACUCCAUCAAACUCAGACCCACGAAAGAGCAGCUUUCCUCACGAGAUACAAACAGUUUUUGAAUGUUUGAACUCCGACAACUACACCGAGGGAGAUGACAUCAGCAUCUUCGGCGAGUUAAACUCAUUAGCAUCGCCCUUGUUUCACUAUGAAUUACUAGAUGCAUAAUGGUACGUCAAAAAAAUACUUAUAUAUAUGAUAGUACAUUCUUUUAUGGUGAGUAAUUAAUUAAAGGGGUAUAGAAGAAGACCAAGACCAUAUACAACAAGUUGGAAAGGGGGCAUUCUACAUUAAAUUUGUUUUCCUUAGCAUAUUUUUUAUCAUGUAUUUUCAAUUUCCUUCUCCAAAUAUGAAUAGAUAAUAACAUUGAAUUCCC